UCAAAACGAGAUACCAGGACAAGUAAUUAAAAAUGCAAAUUAUACUACUGCCUGCCAUUCAUAAUUCGUGGAUACAGCCUAGACAGUAGAUUGUAGUGUCCUUAGCCUAGUGUCGCAUUGUUAGUGUGAUGGGAUAUGGAAUAUGAUGGAAAGAGAAGGUCAGUGGUUGGUAUAUUUGGAAGCCGUACGACAGCACUUGUGGCACGUACCUUUCCCUUUUUGGUAGUUGGUGACCCCCCCAUGUCGCUGCACCCGGUCAGGAGACCACUCGAAGGAUCUGGGAUUACUGUGUCAUCCAAACACCGGCCUCGUCACGGUCAAUGCGCUGUUCGAUCCUCGGCACAAGUUGAAGUCAUCACAGAGAGACAAGGUACGGCAGUUCAUGUCCUUCACGCAGGCAGGGGAGAGGACAGCCGUGUACUGCCUGACACAGAAUGACUGGAAACUAGAGGUUGCCACGGACAACUUCUUCCAGAAUCCAGACCUUUACUAUAAAGAAUCCAUGAAAAAUUCAGUCGACCGCAAGAGGCUGGAGCAGCUCUACAACAGAUAUAAAGACCCACAGGAUGACAAUAAGAUAGGCAUAGAUGGAAUCCAGCAGUUCUGCGAUGACUUGACCCUGGACCCGGCAAGCAUGAGCAUACUCGUUGUGGCAUGGAAGUUCAGAGCAGCCACACAGUGUGAGUUCAGCAAGAAAGAAUUCCUGGAUGGCAUGGCAGACCUUGGCUGCGACAGUCCUGACAAACUGAAGGCCAUCCUUCCCAGACUAGAGCAGGAGCUGAAAGACACAGGGAAGUUUAAAGACUUCUACCAGUUUACCUUUAAUUUUGCUAAGAAUCCUGGACAGAAAGGUUUAGAGUUAGAGAUGGCUGUGGCCUACUGGAAUUUAGUUCUCAGGGGUCGCUUCAAGUUUUUGGAUCUCUGGAACCGGUUCCUGACAGAACAUCACAAGCGUUCAAUCCCCAAAGACACGUGGAACCUUCUUCUAGACUUCGGCAAUAUGAUAGCAGAUGAUAUGUCAAACUACGAUGAAGAGGGAGCAUGGCCUGUUCUCAUAGAUGACUUUGUGGAGUUUGCACGGCCAAUUGUGAUGGGGGGCAAGAGUGGCAUGACAUAAUGUUGGACGAUCAUGCUGUAAUUGGACUUGACUAUUCUCCUAGUUUUUCUUUUUUGUGAAUGAGGAUUUUUGAUACAAAUAAGCCAAAAAGAGACUUCCUUGGUAGUCUUGUCCGCAGAGUUGUCAAACCUUCCGCCUGCAUAAGAUGCCUUGUGGUUCAAAGAUGACGCUGGACAGAUGUUUUUAUGUCGACUUCAAGUGGACUUGGAAAAUUAGGAUUACUUUGGGAUGACUGGAACAAAACGUCCAUCAUCCUGCUGUGGACUUGGCUCACUGACUGGAUUCUUUUGCACAAGGGGAGGGGGGGGCAUUCAGAGCAGUUAGCGUCUUCCUCUGUCAGUGAAUGAAACAGUACGUUGACUCAUGCAUGUUUCUGUUAGUACAAUGAAGCGGUGCCAUUGACGUUAGCUCUCUUGAAAAUGAGAGUAAGAGCUGUACACUUGGUUUUCAUAGUAUGAGAGUUCUGGGUUUGGUUCAUGCAGAAUCUUUUUAUUCACUUUUAUAACAAGAAGAAAUCGUGAUUAAAUGUGAAAUGAGUUAAAAACCCAAUUCAAUAUUUUAUACUCUAUACUGACAGUUGAACAGAGAAAUGUGCAUUUUGAGCUCAACACCAGCAAUGUUACAGGAAAAUACUGUACUUAAUCAUAAUAGUUCCUGAAUACUUACUCGAUUUAAAAUAGUUCCUGAAUCUGAUAUUUGCUUUUUAAAUGCCACUGCCUUUUUUGGAUGAUAAGUUCUGCAGUGUGUAACCUGGUAUGUACAACAAGCCACUGAUAGGUACAGUUUCUUGUUGCGUAUCUUGGUGAAUGAUUACUUGCCAACUACAAACUGCACUGAUUUACACUUUUCUGUUAUUUGUUGGGCUUUUAUCACACUGUAAGCUGCUAUGUUUUAUGUCGGCGUCCAUCAGUAUUUUAGUAUUCAGUAUUUAGUUUACAGUGUUUGAGCAUUUAGUUUGAUACUAUACUGGAUACAGAAAAGGUCACGCUCUAUUUAUGCUGGCAUGGAGGGGUGGCUGUGAACAGUACAUCUCAGCAGGACCCCAUCUGUACAUCUGGCAAGGUUAAAGAAGGCUCAUGUCACCCACCCGUAGUUCAAUAUGACUUGUUUGACUGCAAUACAUUGCACUGCUGUCUUCACAAAUGUAUGUCAACUUGUAAACAUCCUUUCACCCUGCAUAGAAUGUGAAUGCUACAAAACUAGUUAUAUCCACAUCGAGUGACGCCUAUGAUUUACAGCACAAUACAGGGUGGUUUGCUUUUGUUACACCACAGCCUUGUUAACACACUUGUCCUAGUACACAGAUGGUGUGAAACCUUAUAUAAUUGAUUGCUGUUGAUCUACAAGUAAUUGCAUGAAAUUGUGGUUCUGGAGCAGGAAAAUGUGACGCCCUAAAGAAAGGCAAAAUGUUUUCAACUGGUUCUAGUCAUCCUAGCAGUUUAUCCAAGGCAAUGAAGUAAGCACUGACAAAAGACUAGGUUUGUCCCAAAGGCGUAAUUGUCAAUAAAGCAUGUGUCAAAUGGAUAAACUUUGUUUUAAGUGGUGGUCAGUACAACUGUCGAUAUGAAUUUAUGCUAAACUUAUGGUUUUUAUAUCACUACAUCCAUUACAUCAUUACAUACUUUAUAAGCCAACGAGGA